AUGACGGAAGGUGUCAGCGAUGAGUGGACGUCCGAGCCCAUUGCCAUUAUCGGCCUGAGCUGCAGGUUCGCAGGAGACGCCGACAGUGCCGACAAGUUGUGGAAAAUGCUGGCCGAGGGCCGGAAUGCCUGGUCCGAGAUCCCGUCAGUUCGCUUCCAUCCGAAGGGCGUCUACCACCCCGACCCGGAGAAGCUCAGCACGACACAUGUCAAGGGCGCCCACUUCCUAGCGGAAGAUGUAGGACUGUUUGACGCCGCCUUCUUCAACUACUCGGCCGAGACUGCAUCGGCGCUUGAUCCGCAAUUCCGCCUCCAGCUUGAGUCUACGUACGAGGCACUGGAAAAUGCUGGUCUUCCCAUGUCACAAGUGGCUGGCUCCAACACGUCCGUGUACGCGGGCAUCUUCACGCUCGAUUACCACGCGGGGCUGAUCCGCGACGAGGACGAGCUGCCGCGGCUCUUGCCGGUGGGCACCUUGUCGGCGAUGGCGUCCAACCGCAUAUCGCACUUCUUCGACCUCCGAGGCGCCAGCAUGACGGUGGACACGGGCUGCUCGACAUCGCUCGUGGGCCUGCACCAGGCCGUGCUGGGCCUGCGCGCGCGCGAGGCUGACAUGGCCAUUGUGACGGGGUGCAACCUGAUGCUGUCACCGGACCUGUUCAAGGUGUUCUCGUCCCUGGGGUUGCUGGGGCGCGAUGGCAAGUCGUACGCGUUCGACUCGCGCGCCAACGGCUACGGCCGGGGCGAGGGGGUGGCCACCAUCGUCAUAAAGCGGCUAUGUGAUGCGCGGGCUGCGCGCGAUCCGAUCCGCGCCGUCAUCCGCGAGACGCAGCUGAACCAGGACGGCAAGACCGAGACCAUCACGUCGCCGUCACAGGCCGCACAGGAAGCCCUCAUGCACGAGUGCUACCGCCGCGCCGGCCUCAGCCCGCGCGACACUCAAUACUUCGAGGCGCACGGCACGGGCACGCCCACCGGCGACCCCAUCGAGGCGCGCGCCAUCGCGGCCGUGUUUGGCGCGGUUGCGGACCGCACCAACAACGGGAACAAGAACGAGAACGGGAAGGAGAACGAGAAGCUGCGCAUCGGGUCGGUGAAGACCAACAUCGGGCACACGGAAGCGGCGUCGGGGCUGGCCGGGCUGAUCAAGGUGGUGCUGGCCAUGGAGAAGGGCCAGAUCCCGCCGAGCGUCAACUUCGACAAGCCCAACCCCAAGCUAGCGCUGGACGAGUGGGGCCUGAAGGUGGUGACCGAGCUCGAGCCGUGGCCGGCGACGGCGGACGGCGACUCGGCGCCGCGCCGUGCGUCGCUGAACAACUUUGGCUACGGCGGCACCAACAGCCACGUCAUCGUCGAGGAGGCUAGGCGGUACAACAGCCCGGCCCCGGUGAAUAGCAACAUCAACGACACGAGCCUCGGCGGCGUCCACGCGGUGGCCGACCGGGCCGACGUGCUGGUCUUUUCUGGGCGCGACGAACAAGCCUGCCGGCGCAUGGUGUCCGGCACGAAGGCGUACCUGCAGCGUCGCCAGCACGAGGACCCGGGCAUGGGUGCCCGGGGAGUCGUGACGCUUAUGAAGAGCCUGAGCUGGACGCUCAGCAAGCACCGCUCGCGCUUCCCCUGGGUCUCGGCGCACACCGUUCGGUACGCGGACGAUCUGGACCCGGUGAUCCAGGCGUUGGACGCACCGCAGUUCCAGCCCGUGCGCCUCCCCUCGCGCCCGCCGCGCAUCGGCAUGGUGUUCACCGGCCAGGGCGCCCAGUGGCACGCCAUGGGCCGUGAGCUCAUCCAUGCGUUCCCCAUUUUCCGAUCCACGCUCUUCGCGGCCGAGGGCUGUCUGCGCGGCUUUGGCGCGGAAUGGUCUCUGACGGAAGAGCUCAGCCGCGAUGCCGACACCACGCGCGUCCACGACACGGCGCUCAGCAUCCCCAUCUGCGUGGCGGUGCAGAUCGCCUUGGUGCGGCUGCUGCGCUUCUGGGGCAUCUGGCCGACGGCCGUCACGAGCCACUCGUCGGGCGAGAUCGCGGCGGCCUACGCAGCCGGGGCCUUGACCCUCCGCCAGGCCAUGGCAGCGGCCUACUACCGCGCUGCUAUGGCGGCGGACCCGACACUGAUGAACGCGUCCGGGAAUGGGGCCAGCAGGGGGGCCAAGGGGGCCAUGGUCGCCGUGGGGCUGGGAGCCGAGGCGGCGCAGGGCUACCUCGGCCGCAUCGCGAGGACCCACGGCCAGGCGGUGGUGGCGUGCAUCAACAGCCCCAGUAGCGUGACCAUUGCCGGCGACGAAGCGGCCGUGCGGGAGAUGGAGGAUUUGGCCGUCGCCGACGGCGUGUUCGCCCGUCGCCUGCGAGUCGACACGGGCUACCAUUCCCAUCACAUGCGGCCCAUCGCCGGGCCGUACCGGCAAGCCCUCCGUGCCGCGCUGCAGGACAGCAGCUGGGAGCACCCGGACGAGAAACUGCUGGCCUCGGUGGAGGUCCCCGAGAGCGUGCCCUGGGCGGAGCCGUACCGGCGGGCGCUGCGUGCUGCGCUCGAUGUGGAAGCGGAAACGUUGCGCAUCCAAACCCAGGGCGGCGUCGCCUUCUCGUCGCCCGUUACGGGCGGCCGCAUCACCCGGCUCGCGCAACUUGCCGAAUCGGAGCAUUGGGUGCGCAGCUUGCUCCAGCCGGUGCAGUUUGUCGAUGCCUUUACGGACAUGGUCCUGGGCGACAACGACACGGACGGGUCGGGCACGAGCGUCGACGUGGUCCUCGAAGUGGGACCCCACACGGCGCUCGGCGGGCCCAUCAAGGAGAUCCUCUCCGAGCGCGAGUUCGAGGAUCUUGACGUUGCCUACGUGGGCUGUCUGGUGCGCCACGAGGACGCGCGCGACACCAUGCGCGCGGCAGCCCUGCAUCUCCUGCGUAAAGGGUUGUCAGUCCAUCACGCCAACGUCAGCUUCCCCUGGGGCCACUGGCCCUUCGCCCAGCACGUGCUGACCGACCUGCCGCCGUAUCCGUGGAACCACAGCAUCAAGCACUGGUCCGAGGCGCGCGUCAACAGGGCCUACCGCCAGCGAGACCAGGCGCCGCACGAGCUUCUCGGCACGAUGGUACCGGGCACGCGGGGUUCCUCGGCCGCCGUCUGGCGGCAGGCGGUGCGCGUGUCGGACAAUGCCUGGCUCCGGGACCACGUCGUCCAGGGCAACGUCCUGUAUCCCGGAGCCGGCUUUGUGUGCCUGGCCAUCGAGGGCAUGAAGCAGCUGGUGGACUUGCGCGACCAUAUCGAUGACACGACUAAUACCACCAGUGGUAGCGCUACCAGUACCAAUCGUGCUAGCCAAGUGUCGGGCUACCGGCUGCGCGACGUGGAGAUACCCCAGGCGCUGGUGGUGCCCGACAGCGCCGAGGGCGUCGAGGUGCAGACGGUGAUCCGGGCCGUGGAUGACAAGGCGAUCGGCGCCCGCGGCUGGAAACAGUUCGAAGUCUGGUCCGUGACGGCGGACAGCCGGUGGACGCAGCACGCCAAGGGUCAAGUCACCGCUGAGUUCAACAUGGCCCCCCCGCCGUCGAGGACGACGGGCUUUCUGGACGGAUCGGGCUACACGCGACGUGUCGAUCCCCACGACAUGUUCGCCAACCUGCAGGCGAAGGAUCUGCAUCACGGGCCCAUGUUCCAGAACGUAACGAGCAUCGUGCAGGACGGCACGUCUGCAUCUACCGAGGCACGCUGCGUCACCACCAUCCGUGUCGCCGACGCCAACGCCAACGCCGACGCCAACGCCGACGCCGGCCACUGGCAUGUGCUGCAUCCCACUACGCUGGACUCGGUCCUCGUCUCGUCCUACGCAGCCCUGCUCGGCGCCGCGGGUGCCGACCACGGCAGCGCGAAGGUGCCGCGGUCCAUCCACAAGCUGUGGGUCUCGAGCCGCAUGAGCACGACCGUCGGCCGCGAGUUCACGUGCAACACCAGGCUGUCGCACUGGGACGCGCGAAGUUACGAGGCCGAUGUCUUGGUGCUCGACGGGACCGAACUUGUGCUCGAGCUGCAGGGUUUAGUGGGCCAGUCGCUGGGCGGCGCCGGCGCGGCGGGUACCGAGGACAAGCAGCGGCGGCAGCAGCAGCAGCCGUGGACGAGGGAGCUCUGUGCAGAGGUCGAGUGGGCGCCGGAUCUGGCCCUCUCGCUGGGGCUGCCCGGCGGACAGCCGGCCGUGAAGAAGACGCUCAGCCUGUCGGCCACGGACUCGGAGAUGAACGCCGCGGACCGGGACGUGCUGAUGGCCCUGCGGCGCGUGUGCGUCUACUUCUGCCACGACGCCCUGCAGAACCUCGGCGAGCAGGACAUUGCCCGUCUUGCGCCUCACCACGUCAAGUUCCACGCGUGGAUGCAGGCCACGCUAGACCUCGCCGCCUCGCGCCGCCUGGGCACCGACAGCGACAAGUGGACGGACGACGGGCCGGACGAACGCCAGCGGUAUACGGCCGUGGCGGCCAUGCAGAGCGUUGACGGCGAGCUGAUCUGCCGACUUGGCCCACAGCUGGCGCCCAUGCUGCGAGGCGAGCGCGCGCCGCUCGAGGUCAUGAUGGAGGGCCAGCUGCUGUACCGGUACUAUGCCAACGCCUUCCGGAUGGCCCCGGCCUUUGCCCGCUUCACCGCGCUACUGCGCGCCGUCGCACACAAGAACCCCCGCGCGCGAGUUCUGGAGAUUGGGGCCGGCACGGGGGCCGCCACGCGCCAUGCGCUCCGCUCGUGGAAAGGCAUGGCUAAUGAGGCAGUCAGCGAGCCGCCGUGCGAGACAUGGCACUUUACCGACAUCUCGUCAGGCUUCUUCGAGGCCGCGCGGGCCGAGUUCGCCGCCUGGGGCAGCGUUAUGGAGUUCGACCGUCUUGACAUCGAGCAGAGCCCCGAGGCGCAGGGGUUCAAGCUCGCGAGCUACGACAUUGUCGUCGCGUGCCAGGUGCUCCACGCGACCAAGAGCACGGCACGCACCAUGGACCAUGUGCGUAGGCUGAUGAAGCCAGGCGCGACGCUCCUCCUCAUGGAGACGACGCAGGACCAGGUGGAUCUGCAGUUCAUCUUUGGCCUCCUGCCAGGCUGGUGGCUGAGCGAGGAGCCCGAACGCCAGUCGAGUCCCACGCUGUCGGUGCCCCUGUGGGACAAGGUCCUCAAAGCUGCCGGCUUCAGCGGCGUCGACGUCGAGCUGCGCGACUACGAGACCGACGAUGAUAUGUACUGCAUCAGCAACAUGCUGUCGACGGCGGCGCCGGCGCCCUCGCGGCCCCCCCGGCUGAUCUCGGACAGCAUUGUUGUCGUCGUUAGCGAUACAGCGCCGCCUCCGGCCGAUUGGCUUCAGGCACUGCGGGCGUCUAUCGCCACAGUGGCCGACGGCGGCUCGCUCCCUCCUAUCCGGUCCCUCGAAGACGCCUCGGCCAUGGCCGAGGCGUAUAGCACCAAGGUCUGCGUCUUUGUGGGCGAAAUCGACCGGCCCGUGCUGCACACCCUCGACGCCGCCGGCCUGCGCGGCAUCAAGGCCAUGGCGACGGGGAGCCGGGGCCUGCUGUGGGUGACGCGCGGCGCCGCGGUCGAGUGCAGGAACCCGGAUCGGGCGCUGGCCACGGGCUUCCUGCGCGUGCUGCGCAGCGAGUACGUCGGCCGACGAUUCCCGACCCUCGAUCUCGACCCGCACGCACCCGUGUGGUCCAGCCCAGGGGCCAGCAUCGCCGCCAUUGUGCACAUGCUCCGGGCCUGCUUGGGCACGCCUGCCGAUGUCUACUCCCUCACGGCCGAGGCAGCCCCCGUGGACAGCGAGUUUGCGCUGCGCGACGGGCUGAUCCUGGUCCCGCGCGUGUACAAGGACACGGUGCGGAACAAGAUGCUCACGCCCGAGUCACCGGACUGGGCCGCUGCGCCCGAGUCCCUCCCCGAGUCGCCUCUUUUCCAAGCGGAACGUCUGCUGCGGCUGGAAGUGGGCAUCCCGGGGCUGCUCGACACAUUGGCAUUUGACGACGACGACGACGACAGGAAGAUCGACGCCGAGCUGAAGGGGGAUUUGGUGGAGAUUGCGCCGCGCGCGUACGGGCUCAAUUUCCGCGACGUCAUGGUCGCCAUGGGCCAACUGCGCGAGCGUGUCAUGGGCCUCGAGUGCGCCGGCGUAAUCACGCGCGUGGGCCGCGAGGCCCUCGCGCAGGGCUUCCACGUCGGUGACCCUGUCAUGGCAUUGCUGCUCGGUCCGUUUAGCAGCCGCGCCCGUGUCAGUUGGCACGGCGUCGUGCACAUGCCGGAAGGGCUCACGUUCGAAAACGCUGCGUCGCUGCCCAUGGUCUUCAGCACCGCCUAUGUCGGCCUUGUGGAUGUGGCGCGCCUCCGGCCCGGCCAGUCGGUGCUGAUCCACGCCGCUGCCGGAGGCGUUGGGCAAGCCGCUAUCAUGUUGGCCAAGGAUUACCUGGGCGCCGAGGUGUAUGCCACUGUGGGAUCCCAGGAGAAGCGCGACCUGCUCACGCGCGAGUACGGAAUCCCGCCGGAACGCAUCUUCAGCAGUCGCAACGCAUCCUUUGCACCGGCUGUCCUCGCCGCCACGGACGGACGCGGCGUCGAUGUUGUGCUCAACUCGUUGGCCGGCCCGCUUCUGCAGGCCGGCUUCGACGCGCUGGCACCUUUUGGCCAUUUUGUAGAGAUUGGCAAGCGAGACCUGGAGGGGAACAGCCUGCUCGAGAUGGCUACCUUCUCCCGAGUUGCGUCCUUCACGUCCGUGGACAUGAUGUCGCUGCUGCGCGAGCGCGGGCCGCAUGCACACCGCGUGCUCUCCGAGGUGGCACGUCUGGCGGGACAAAAGGCCAUUAGGCCCAUCCACCCGGUCACUGUCUUCCCCAUGCGGCAGGUCGCCAGGGCGUUCCGCCUCCUGCAGACAGGCAAGCACACGGGCAAGGUCGUUGUGUCGGUGGCGGUGGAUGAGUUGGUCCGGGUGCUACCGCGGGCACCGACACCCAAGCUGCGGCCAGACGCCUCCUACCUGCUUGUCGGCGGCGUGGGCGGCCUCGGCAAGGCCAUCGCCUACUGGAUGGUGGAGCGCGGCGCCCGAAACCUCAUCUUGCUGUCGCGCAGUGCCGGCAAGCAGAAUUCGGGCGCCUUCGCCUCCCAGCUGCGCGAAGCCGGCUGCCGGGUCGUGGCCAUUAGCUGCGAUGUCGCCGACAAGCAAGCCCUGGACCAAGUCCUCGACAUCUGCGAGCGUCACGAACAGCUCCCGCCGGUGCGAGGCGUCAUCCAAGGCGCCAUGGUGCUGCAGGACUCCAUCCUCGAGCAGAUGACGCUGGACGACUGGCACGCCGCCCUCCGGCCCAAGGUUGCCGGCAGCUGGAACCUGCACACGCGCUUCACGCAGCCCGGCUCGCUCGACUUCUUCGUCAUGCUCUCGUCGCUGUCAGGCAUCAUCGGCGAGGCCAGUCAGGCCAACUACGCCGCGGGUGGGUCCUACCAGGACGCGCUGGCCCGCUGGCGCCAGGCUGCCGGGUUGCCCGGCGUAUCCCUCGACCUCGGCACCGUCAAGGGCGCCGGCUACGUCGCCGAGUCCCGCGCUGUAUUCGAGCGCAUGCGCAAGGCCGCCCAGUCGCUGAUGCUGCCGGACGACGCCGUGCUGCGGGCCAUCGGCGCUGCCGUCCUCAACCCGCACAACCACCCCCAAAUCCUCCUCGGACUCAACUCCGGGCCCGGGCCCCAGUGGAAUCCCGCGAGCGAGUCGCAGAUCGGCCGCGACGCGCGCUUCAUGCCACUCAAGUACCGUCCGCCGCCGGCCGCCCACGGUGGCGGCGGCGGCCAGCAGCUCGGUGAUGGAGCCGACGCCAGCACCAAGCCGCUGUCGGCGCAGCUGCAGGAGGUCGGGUCGCGCGAAGAGGCCACACGCCUGGUGGGCGAGGCCAUCGCCACGAAGCUCGCCGACAUCUUCAUGGUGCCCCCCGACGACAUCGACCUGACCAAGCCGCCGGCGCUGUAUGGCGUGGAUUCGCUGGUGGCUGUGGAGUUGCGAAACAUGCUGAUGCUGCAGGCCGCCUCCGACAUCUCCAUCUUUAGUAUCCUGCAGAGCCCAUCUUUGGCGGCGCUGGCGAGCGAUGUGGUGGCCAAGAGUGCUCAUGUUGAGAUUGCUGUGUAAAUUUUCUAAAACCCUUUCGUGAUUGAAGAGUCUCUAUGGCUGCACCUGGGUUUUCUUUUUGCAGUUGAAAAAUGGAGAUGAAGUUGGUUGAUUUUCUCAGGUCUGGGAGGUUGGCCGAAGCCCUAGUUACACAGUAGCAUCACUCCGUAGGCAGUGAAGAAUGCUUCGCAA